CUCUCGCGGUCGAAGGAGUCAGGAGGCGCUUUCUCCUCGCCCGUAUCUUCAAACUCGACUAUAGACUCACAUCGUUAAUUCUCCGAUAUUUUCCAACGAGAAGAACGUGUUGAGCUAUCAAGCCGCGUUGAUCGAGGUUUGAAAGGAAUUGAGAAACGCAAUUUCGUCGACAGUCGAUCAAAUCGAUUCGGUCAAUGAAAUCUCACUAAACUCGCGAUUUUUUUUAUCACUCAAAGUAUAUUAAUUUUUGACUCCAAAGUGCAACUUCGUUUUAUUGAAAUUAAUAAUCUACUCGUUCGGUUGAUGGAAUUCGGUAAAAAAUUGUUCUUCGUGUUGUAAGUAAGAGUUUUUGCCGAAAAUCAAUCGGUGAACCAGAGUGGAUUCGUUGCGGCAAUUGUGACACACCGUACGCGCAAGCUGGAUGAAAUAAAGGCCCGGGAAAGCAGGUAGUUAUACAAAAGGGUCCAGCUACAACGUUGUCACGUUUCAUGAGAAACUCUACGAGUGCAGGCCCUAAACAGCAACAGCGCCGGUAAUACGCAAGGGAGCGACGCGAUAAUAGGGCACCAAAUGUGUGCACGAUAGCCUGUAACGAUACAUAAGCCGAGAGACGUUUUCGAACAAUGACUAUGCUCUAAUAGAAAAUUCUGUAGUUUUCUACGGUUGCCGUUCACGUAAAGGAAAACCGAGAUAAAGGGUUUGAGACGAUUCGAGCGCAAUGAUACCAAGAUCGUGAACGCGGAAUAAUUUAUAAUAAACAAUGAGGUCUCUGAAUCGUUGCAUCGCUGAUCACGUCACGACUUCCGUUUGAAAUAGAUCGUUCGUACGAAUUUCGCGGGACUUUACGGUGUAUCGAUUGCUUUUAUUUGACGAUUACGAGAGUCAAAAAUGUCGCUCACCUCGACGGAAGACUGGAACGAAACUUUGAUUAUGCUAUUCAACUCGACUACGAUGGCACCUAAUAUUACCGGAGCGAAUGGUAGCGGACAAGAUACCAAGAGGCACGUGACCUUCGCUACUCAGGUGGUGCUCACCCUUGUGUACCUAACCGGUGUGAUCGGCAACGUGUCUGCUUUAGUCAUUUUGUUUCAUCGAGAUAAGAGGAGGAACCGAAAACACUUGCUGAUGCUUCGUUGCCUGGCGAUCAACGAUCUUGUUGCUUUGUUAGGGAUGUUGGUUCAGAUGUAUAUCACAAUUUAUGUCGGCAGCGUGAUAUCUACGAGAGGAUUUUGCUCCCUUCGCGUGGUGUGGAGACUAUUUGGCUUAUUCAGUGGUUGCGUCGCCAUCGUGAUGGCAGCCGAAAGGUGGCUAGCCUUGACCAGGCCCUUCGUUUAUCAGAAACAGGUGACGUAUCCGGUAAUUGUUCGUUGCAUGCUGGUGCUUUGGUUGGUCGCUCUGGCAUUGACGAGCUUUCCGGUUCUGGGUUUCGGUGUUUAUUACAAAGGUGAACGGUGUGUUCGAUACAGAGAGGCGACUGAACCAGCAGACAUAGCUUACGCCUACGUUUGGUUCUUUUUCGGUACCGUGCUCUGUCUGUCGAUAGUCUGGUGUAACCUGGCCGUUUCUAGAGCACUUAGCAGACUGAAUCGCAAGGCAGGUGCUCUACGGCGCGUAACAAGAUCCUCUUCAAGAGCGAAGCCUCUUUUGACGGUAACAGGUCCUCCGACGGAAGUCGUCACCACGGCAGAGGAAAGAGCAUUCGCCAGAUUAAUGGCCGUCCUAUCGAUAUCAUUCGUCAUUUGUUGGAUGCCGCAAAUGAUAUCCAUUCCACUGGCUCAGUUCUCUAUUCAUUUACCCAAAGAGGCGAUUCUCCAGCGAAGAUUAAUUCGUAUGUUCCACGUGGCGGCUGAUAUUCUUCUCUGUAUUCAUUUCACUUUGGAUCCGUACAUUUAUGUAUUGCUGAGAAUGUCACGACCGAGAUUCCGCAUCUUGAAACCGUUUUGCAAGAUCUGUUGGCCCGCCAGAAGUCGAUCGAAUUCGUUCAACGGUACUACAGACCAUCAGGGCAGCAGUGGUGAUCCGUCGACUCCGAUCACCGAGGCACCCUCCACACCUGUUAGCGAGGAACGCGAUCCUCAGUUAGUGGCGGUUUCCGUUUGAGACAGGCUUCAGCGAACGAUCUUCCUGAAACGGCUCAACAGCCACGAUGGCCAACCUUGAGCUGUUCGAACAAAACGGAAGAUCUUCGCUCGCUUCGCUGCGAAAAAUUUGAUCGAACGACACGUGUAUCAACCGUGUGAAAUUUCGAACCGAACGAUUACCGUUUCAAGAAGUUGUAAGAAUUGGACAGUUCUUCAUUUUCGAGGAAUAUCAAAGAUCGUGCAAACCCGACGUUGAGAUCGAUACCUCGCUGAUUUUCGUGUACAACUUUGUAUCGGAUGUUCAAACUUCUUUAAUUUACUGUAAUCUUAACAGUCCCGACUAAUUAUUCUAACACGAUCUUUCAGAGACUAAUCAGACACGAAAAUAUUAGAGAAUUCGAGGUUAUUGUAGAGGGGAGCAAUCAGCAUUCCAAAUAAUCGCAUUCGAUGUGCGUUUCGUUAAUUUCCAAAGAAUUUUAAUUAGUUAACGAAAUACUCUGCUCGUUUGCAGUCUGCAAGUGAGGGUGAGUCCUUCGCAUUUGUAAAUUGGGAAAGAAUGUAUUCUUGUAAAAUGGCCUAAUAUAUCGAUGCACCGUACAGUGUCGACAUUUUAUCACCGUUGCGCAAAUGUGUGUCUAGUCAAUAAAUUAAUGCGAACGUGCAACAAUUACAAACGAGCAAUGCACAAUUACCAAAGUAUUCGAUGCUUAAAGUGUUUCGGAUAGAAUUUAAGAAACGCGUGCAUCUAUUUUUUCUUGAGUAUCGGUGGUGAAAUUUGUAUGUAUAUAGUUGAUAUACAGUUACAUACUUAACGAUUACUCUAAGUUUACUUUACCGGUGUAAUUCAUAGUCAUAAACCGUAUAUUGUAUCGAUGUAAUGGUACUAAUAAAUUGUAAUCACUUUUGUUAAGCUUA